UCUCCGCCUCCUGCGACUCUGCCCCGCCUCGCUUGGCUCCGCCUCCCCGGGGCUCUUGGCCGGUCGCCGUAGACAUGCGCCCCGGUAGCCACGCUGCUAUGGCCGCUCCCGUCACCCGGCAGGUCAGCAGCUGCGCCGCCCCGGUCCUGACCGCGGCGGCGGCGGCUGUGGAGCGCGGGCAGCCCCUGGAGGCCGCCGUGGCCGAGCUGCCCGUGCUGGACGUGUCGGGCCGGCGGGUGGCAUUCGGCGCGCUGUUCCGUGAGCGGCGGGCUGUGGUGGUAUUCGUGCGGCAUUUCCUGUGUUACGUCUGCAAAGAAUAUGUCGAAGAUCUGGCCAAAAUCCCCAAGAGUUUCCUCCAAGAAGCAGAUGUCACCCUUAUAGUGAUUGGACAGGCAUCUUACCAUCAUAUUGAGCCUUUCUGCAAACUGACUGGAUAUUCUCAUGAAAUCUAUGUUGAUCCAGAGAGGGAAAUUUACAGAAGACUAGGAAUGAAAAGAGGUGAAGAAGUUUCCUCCUCAGGUAAGAAUUCCCACAUAAAGUCCAACCUGCUCUCGGGAAGCCUUCAGAGCCUAUGGCGGGCAGUCACUGGCCCUCUUUUUGAUUUCCAAGGAGACCCAGCUCAGCAAGGUGGAACCUUCAUUUUAGGUCCAGGUAACAACAUCCACUUUGUACAUCACGAUAGGAAUAGGUUGGAUCACAAGCCCAUAAACUCUGUUUUACAGCUUGUAGGAGUUCAGCACGUGAACUUCGCAAGCAGACCUUCAGUUAUCCAUGUGUGACUUAAUGUGGAAUCUGCCACUUACUCAGGGGCCCUUGAAAUGCAAACCAAAAUUCGAGGUGUCACAGCCGCAUGCCUAUGUCCCUUGCUGCGGCUCUUCAUAGCCAUUGAGGGGUUAUGAAAACACAAUCUGUUGAACUGCAUGCUGAGGGGCAUCAGUUGUCAAAAAUGUGAUAGACCUUUUAAAUUUCAUAGCACUUAGUUUUAUAAGAAAAACUCCAAAAGUUAUAAAAUUAUUAAUACCAUUGUUAAUAUUUUAUAGUAUGGUACAUCCAUUCAAGAAAAUUUUGGCAAUUAAAUUAUAAGAAGGGAGAGGAAGGAGGCCAAGUCUGAUGGCGCAUGCCUGUAAUCCUAACACUGGGAGAUGGAGGCAGGAGGCCAGCCUGAGCUACAUUGGGAGACCCUGUCUCAGAAAAAGUCAAUCAGUGGAAGGGAGGAAUGCAUAAAGGGAAGGGAGAACAACUCAAGUUUCAUUCAGCAGGAAAAAACCUAGAAGGUCAAGUUCUGUAAGCAGCUAACCACUUUUGUGUGCACAUAUGUAAGUUUACUUUUUUGUAUGCUUAGAAGAUGGGGAAUAAACACACUAACACUGCCAGUGGAUAUGUCUAUGUGGUUACAGGACAGGUGUUUUCUGCUUUCUUUUCCAGACUUUUCUGUAUUUCCUAUGUUCUCAUGUAAGCUUGACUGAUUGGGGGAUGGGGCAGGAAGAAGCCUUUAAACAUUAAAAGGCAAACAUCUACCUACAUAAAGCCUCCACGGAGGGGCAGGUGACACUGGGGGAUGCAGGUGACACUGGUUAUCUCCCAUGUUUCCAGCCUCAUUGAUUAAGUAAAUGAAAGCCAGACCUCUUACAGACAGUACAGCACCUGGUCAGCGCACACCCACCACCCAUUGCACUAGGGGUUUUUGUUUUUGUUUUUUUGUUUUUUGAGACAGGGUCUCACUGUAUAGCCUGGCUAGCCUGUACUGUCUCUGUAGACCAGGCUAGCCUUAAAUUCAUAGAGAUCUGCUUGCCUGUGCCUCCCAAGUUCGGGGACUAAAGGUGUGUACUACCAUACCCGGCUGCACUAGGAUUUUUGUGGUGGAAUUGAGAGUUGAGGAAAAGUUUUAGUUUUGGUUUGUUUUUCAAAGACUCUAAAUUUUAAAAACUUUGGUCAGGUGUGGGGGCAUAUGCUUUUUUUUCAGUCUUUUUGAGACAGGGUCUCCCUGUAGCCCCACUUGGCCUGAAACUCACUAUGUAUACCAGGCUGACCUUGAACUCACAGAGGUCCGCCAGCUUUUGCCUCCUGAGUGCCGGGACUAAAGGCAUGCACCUCCACAACUGGCGAACUCAAACUUUUAUAUAAACCAUAUUAAGUCACAAGAAUAUUUUUAAUGUAUUUUCAUCUGUGUAUUCAUGAAUAGUCAUGCUUUUAAAUCAAUAAAAAUGAGAUUUUCGGAAUUUAAA